AUGGCGUUCCACAUACCCCAUUACAACAUAUUCGGCACGGGGUUCCGGCUGCGCGCCGCCAUCACCAUUGCGUGCCAAUGCGCCUUUGUCCUAUUUGGCUACGAUCAAGGCGUCUUUAGCGGCAUCGUGGGUAAUUCAGACUUUCUCGACCAGUUUGGACACCCGAGCCCUGGCCUCGAGGGCAUCAUUGUGUCCAUUUAUAAUCUCGGCGCCUUUUCGGGCUGCAUCCUGACCUUUACCAUCUGUGACCGGACGGGUCGUCGGUUGGCCAUGUUCAUCGCAAUGCUUUUUAUCAUUGUCGGUGCUACCUUGCAAGCCACUGCCUUUACUGUUCCGCACUUGAUGAUUGCUCGGUAUAUCACGGGUAUAGGGACUGGUAUCGAAACUUCAACAGUUCCAAUGUACCAAUCCGAACUAUGCGAAGCAGAGAAGCGUGGCCGACUAGUCUCAUCAGAGCCCUUAUUCGUGGGCGUUGGAAUCGAGAUUGCCUACUGGUUCGACUAUGGCAUGUCAUUUGUCCCAGGCUCAGUGGCAUGGCGUCUGCCCAUUGCUUGCCAGAUGCUUUUCGCAUUUCUUGUCAUAUUCUUGGUCCUUGGCCUUCCCGAGAGUCCCAGAUGGUUGUACAAACACAAGCUCAAUCAACAAGCACUGCGAGUUCUCUGUGAAGUCUACGGCCGGGAGCCCGAUCACCCCAAGAUUAUUAAGGAACAAAAAGAAAUAUUAGACGCCAUCAAGGCCGAGGACGAGCGCGGUCAAUACAAAUGGUCUCAACUACUGAAACGAGAUGAGGUCCAGACAGGUCGACGUGUCCUCUUGGCCUACGGACAACAAUUUAUGAAUCAAAUGGGUGGAAUCAACCUCAUUGUAUAUUACAUUACUUCAGUGUUACAGACAAAUGUCGGACUGGAGCGCAACCUGGCCUUGAUCCUUGCUGGCGUCAUUAAUGCCAUGUUCUUUUUCGGAUCGCUGUUCCCGACCUUUUUCCUCGACAAGUACGGCCGGCGCAAGCCCAUGAUGUGGGGGUCCUUUGGCCUGGGCAUCUCCAUGAUGCUUGUGGCAAUUCUACUCAGUUUCCAAUCGAGAGGCGGAGAAAUUGCCCAUGCGACUGCAUCUGCCAGUAUCACAUUCUUCUUUACUUAUAUGCUCAUAUUUGGAGCGACAGCCAACUGUAUCCCAUGGGUGUAUGUGCCCGAAAUCCUGCCACUUCACGCCAGAGCCAAAGGCACAGCCAUCGGAAUAUCCUCAAAUUGGCUCUUCAAUUUCUUGGUAGUGAUGGUGACGCCUUCGCUUAUCACGAACUUGGCAUGGAGAGGUUAUCUGAUCUUCAUGGCCCUCAAUUUCGCCUUUAUCCCUUUGAUAUACUUUUGCUAUCCGGAAACGUCAAACCUAAGCCUAGAAGAGAUUGAUUGGCUGUUCCUCGAGCCGCACGCCGUCAGGAGAAGCAUAAAAGUGUCCAAACACGGAUGGGGAGAACGAGAUGGGUGGGAGAGAAGGAGGAGUUAUCAGGCUGACAUGGUGGCGACCGAAUCCAAGCCCGAUACAUCGCAAAUGGAGAAUAGCAAUUCGGAAAAGGUUGAGAAUGGUUCUUGA